AUGCCGGCACAAGGGGACUGUCGAAGGAGCAAAUUAUUGACAGCUCCUGGUCUCCCGCACGCUAGCGCAGUUGAGUUCACAGCACCGCUUUUCAACAUUACACGGUUCUCCAAGCUUUCAGCUGCUCUGCGCACGGUCGCAAGGGUGCAAAUUUCUCCACCGAAUUUUAUCAAGGGUGAACGAGAAAAGACACACGUCCAUGCACAUUGCACAAAAGUAACUAUUCGCAAUAGAGAUCCAAAUUAA